CUCCUAAUACUCUCUUGGCAAUUUUUUUUGCAAAAAGGAAGACUUAUCACAAUUAGCAGUUAAGGUUUCAAUCAUGUCAAGCGGUGAUGACAAAUCAACCACUAGAAGCCACCAUGUGGAUGAAUCCUUCAUGCUCAAAGCAAUGCAACAACAAUUUCAGAGGCACAUCAUGUUUGGUGAGAUUAAAGACAAAAUGGAGAAGCAAGAUGCAGCGAUAGCCAAGUUAUACCAAACACAGAAUGGAACUUCGAAUUUGCGUAGGAAUGAUGCUAAUGAUGAUUUCGAUGACGAUUAUAAAGAUGCAUUCAACAAUGACGCCCAAAACUCAAAUUUCAGCAUGACAGAAUUUGAGAACAUCAAGAUGAAGAUUCCUCCGUUUCAAGGCAAGAAUGAUCCAGAUGUGUAUUUGGAGUGGGAAAAGAAGGUGGAAUUGGUGUUUGAUUGCCAUAACUAUUUUGAGGAGAAAAAGGUGAAACUAGCAACGGUGGAAUUUACUGAUUAUGCUGUGGUGUGGUGGGAUCAGCUUGUGCUUAGUCGACGUAGAAAUCGAGAGCAUCCUGUUGACACUUGGGAAGAGAUGAAGGCUGUGAUGAGAAAACGGUUUGUUUCUAGUCACUACUACCGCGAUCUCUAUCAACGAUUGGCAAUGAAAGUAGAAAGGCAACUCAAGCAUAAAGGUGCCACCACCAGAACUGGGAAAAAUCUAGGUUCCCCAUUUUCUUGGAAACCAAAUUGGAGCAAAAAGGAAGAAAAUUCUACUUUCAAGCCUAAAACUUCAGCAUCUAAGUCAAAAGACGUUGGCAGCAGUGAGAAGAGUAAAACUGACAGUAUGCAAGGCAGAAACCGAGACAUUAAGUGUUUUCAAUGCUUGGGAAGAGGGCAUAUUGCAUUGCAAUGCCCUAAUAAGCACACAAUGAUCUUGAGAGAAGAUGGAGAAAUUGAAAUCGAGGUUGAGUCUGAUGAUGAAUCUAUGCCACCAUUAGAAGAUGCUAAUGAUGGUGUGGAAUAUGCUGUUGAUGGAGAACUGCUUGUCACCAGGCUAGCUUUGAAUGUGCAAGCCAAAGAAGAUGAUGAAGUACAACGUGACAAUAUAUUUCACACGAGGUGCCAUGUCAAAAACAAGGUAUGUAGUGUGAUUAUUGAUGGUGGUAGUUGUACUAAUGUAGCUAGCAUUGUUUUAGUUGAAAAGCUUAAUUUACCUAUGACGAAGCAUCCAAUGCCAUAUAAGCUGCAAUGGUUAAACGAUUGUGGAGAAAUCAAGGACUUCAAGGACGUGUUUCCAGAAGACAUCCCUAAUGGUUUACCACCAAUAAGAGGAAUUGAGCAUCAGAUUGACUUCAUUCCAAGUGCAACAAUUCCGAACCGACCAGCAUAUCGAAGCAAUCCCAAUGAGACGAAAGAACUUCAAGGGCAGGUCGAAGAACUCAUGAAAAAGGGGCAUGUGAGAGAAAGCAUGAGUCCAUGUGCAGUUCCAGUGCUACUUGUGCCUAAGAAGGAUGGGACUUGGCGUAUGCGCGUUGAUUGUCACGCUGUCAACAAAAUCACUGUAAAGUAUCGUCACCCUGUUCCUAGAUUAGAUGACAUGUUAGAUGAGUUGCAUGAUUUAUUGCCUUUACCUAUUGACGAACAAGCUUGUUUGGAUGGGAAAAAGAAAGCUGAAGUGGUUAAGCAACUGCAUGAGAGGGUGCGACAAAACAUAGAGCGACAAACUGAGCAAUAUGCAAAACAACCCAACGAAGGACGCAAGAAAGUUGUAUUUGAACUUGGAGAUUGGGUUUGGGUGCAUAUGCGCAAGGAGCGAUUCCCUGCACAAAGGCAUUCUAAGCUGCAGCCAAGAGGCGAUGGACUAUUUCAAGUGAUUGCGAGGAUUAAUGACAACGCAUACAAGUUGGAGCUUCCUGGUGACAAUUUGAGGACAAAUCCUUUUGACGAGAGAAGGAAUGAUGGGAAUCAAGACAACAGCAUAUCUACUACGUCAUGUGAUCCAUUACACACCCAAGAAGGUCCAGUCACACAAGCUAGAGCUAAGAAGAUGCGUGAAGCUUUAAAUGGCCUUAUUGAGCAGAUCUGGGUUGAAAACAACAUACAACAAGCAAAUCGAAGCCUGGAUGAUUAUCAAGGCAUGGUAAACAUCAUUCAGGUUCAAGAGAAGCUUAGUUGAGAUCAUUUGCAUGGAAUUACACAGUUUGCAUCAUAAUCGCUCCUUAGCUUUUACUAUGCAUGGUGAGCUCUGAGAUAGUAUUUAAAAAGUGGCAUGCCUAGGCCUCUAGCAUUGGAUGUACUUCAAACUUAAUCAUUGCUUGGAUAUUGUUAGUGGGCAACAAGCCAAAUCAACUCAAAUUUACAUC